GUGUCCCUGCGCGGUUACAUAUGUUGACACGUGAGAGUGUUUUGAAGUGAGUGUCCGUCAAACCGCAGAGAAUCGAACAAGCUGCUGCUCGUCUCCUACCAGACACCAUGUCCGAGUCCAUUAAGAACGUAGCGAUUUUCGGAGCCACGGGGAUGACCGGGCUGGCGACUCUGCCCCUGGCGGCGGCUGCAGGGUACAAUGUGACGGUGCUGGUGCGGGACCCCACCAAGCUGCCUGCGGACCACCGGGCGUCCAGAGUGGUGGUGGGAGACGUCCUGAAUAAAGAGGACGUGAGGACGACCAUGGAGGGCCAGGACGCUGUCAUCAUCAUCCUGGGCACGCGUAAUGACCUGAGCUCAACCACCAUGAUGUCUGAAGGCACCAAGAACAUCGUGGAGGCCAUGAGAGCUCGAGGGAUCCGUAAAGUGGUCGGCUGCAUGUCAGCCUUCCUGCUGUGGGAUCGCCCUAAGGUCCCCCCCCGUAUGAUUCCCGUGACAGAGGACCAUGACAGGAUGUACACGGUGUUGAAGGCGUCCGAGCUGGACUACGUGGCCGUCAUGCCUCCUCACAUCGACAACGACCUACCCCUGACGGAGCGUUACCUGACCGCAGAGAACAUGCUAAAGGGAAGAGCCAUCUCCAAACACGACCUGGGACAUUUCUUCGUCAAGUGUCUGUCCACCUCAGAGUGGGACGGCAAGACUGUCGGACUUUGGGGAGAGUACAAAUGAUCCUGAACCAACCGGGCUGAUUUCAUCCACGUGCUGAAGAGAUUCCUUUUCUUGUUUAUUUUAUGUUUUAUUUUUCUUUCCAUCAAACACACUGGAGAAAAAUUUAUAUUUAUGAGUGCUGAGACAUUAAUUAUAGAAAUAUGUUUGUUCUUCUUUGAUUUUCUCUUUUCACUUCCAUAAUAAUGAUUGAGCAGCUUUUUAGCUUGUUGUUGAUUAAUAAUAAUUAGAUUUUUAAUAAUCUGAGUGUUUUAAAACCAGUGUCAGGCUGCAAAGCUGCUUUCGCUCUGUAGCUGUGUGCAUCAUCACGUCUGUGCUGUCACAUGAUCUGUUCUCC